CCCAAUGGCCGCGCAGGAGCGUGAGGGAAGGCCCCUGCAGCGGGGCCCGGCCUCCCUUUGCGGAGCGCUCCGGUGCGGCGCGGACCAGCCCUGCUGCUGCUCCCUCCGACUCCGACCAUGGCGUUGACCAGCAGUUGACGUUGGGUUUCACCCCCUUCUACCUUCUCCUCUUUCUCCGGCCCCUUUCUUCCCCCUCUCCUUCCCCGGGUCCCGGCUCAGGCACGUAGGCGGCCGGUACCGAAGACACCGGGUCCCCACCCCGCCCCUCAGGAACAGGCUGCAGGAGUCGGGCCGGGCGGCAGCCAGGACGCGCCAUGAACAUCAUCAUCGGCAUCGGCGGGGUCACGAACGGCGGGAAAACCACCCUGACCCGGCGGCUCCGGCGGGCGCUGCCCAACUGCAGCGUGGUGCACCAGGACGACUUCUUCAAGCCCCAAGAUGAAAUAGAAGUUGAAGAUGGGUUUAAACAGUAUGAUGUGAUAAGUGCAUUAGAUAUGGAAGCUAUGAUGAGUACCAUCAACGCGUGGAUAAAAAACCCAGUCAAGUUUGAACGUUCUCAUGGGAUCAACAACACACUGGAUGCCCAGAUCCUACAAGAUAAGGAGGGAAGAGAUAAAACAAUCCACAUUCUUAUUGUUGAAGGCUUCUUACUUUACACCUACAGGCCACUGAUUGACGUAUUCCACCAUCGGUUCUUUCUUUCCAUUCCAUAUGAAGAGUGUAAAAGGAGGAGAAGUUCGAGGAAUUACACUGUACCUGAUCCACCUGGAUUGUUUGAUGGCCAUGUUUGGCCUAUGUAUGUAAAGCACAGGAAGAUAAUGGAAGAUCUGGGAGUUGAUGUAGUGCACUUGAAUGGAACAAAAUCAAAGGAGGAACUGUUUAAUGAUGUGUAUGGACAGAUCCAGAAUAAGAUUGAAGAAUUACUUAACAUGCAGAAAUAAGCUGCUGAUGAUGAUUCUUGCGAAUGAAGAUGACUCCUGUUUGCUCUGCGCUGUCUACCUGACUGCCACUAAAGUUCCAGCUUCUGUGAAGACUCAAUUCUUAAAUUCGACUUUGUUCAAUCUUCCCUUGAAACUGAGUUACGUAUGGUCAUAAUUAAAAAGCACUUCCCCCUGUCUGUCAUCUUAA